UUUCCCUCGUGGCGCCGUGUUCGUAUAGACCAAUAGCAACGCCAGUACGAGGUAUGUCCAAUUAAAACGGAGGGAUCUGUUAACCAAUCAGAUUUCCCCGUUCUGACCGCCGCUGUCACCGCAGCCAAUCAGGUGUCGGGAAACAGAGCUCCGGGCUCAACAGCUUGUUGUUCGUGAAUCUGUUCGCAGAGAGAAGGAAGCGGAGAGAAAACAGAUCACCAUCUUCCGAGCUGGACUCCCUCAAAUAGCCGGCGAGAUGAAGGCAGCAGAAGAGCCUCCCUACCUGUCCGUGGGGACGGAUGUUAGCGCCAAAUACAGAGGAGCCUUCUGCGAGGCCAAGAUCAAGACCGUGAAGCGCAUGGUGAAGGUCAAGGUGAGCCUGAAAGGUGAGAGCACGUCUCAGGUGGUCCAGGACGACCAGGUGAAAGGAGCCCUGAAGGUGGGCUCCACGGUGGAGGUGAAGACUAACGAGGGUCUGAGCAGCGAGGCGGUCAUCAGCAAGCUGACAGACGCCAGCCUCUACACCGUGGUGUUUGAUGAUGGAGAUGAGAAGACUCUUCGUCGUACGUCUCUGUGUCUGAAGGGAGAGAGACACUUUGCAGAGAGCGAGACUCUGGACCAGCUGCCUCUCACCAACCCGGAGCACUUCGGCACGCCGGUCAUCGGGAAGAAGAAGAACCGCGGGGGGCGGCGCUCCUCCCAGGCUGUGGCUGAUGAGGAUCACUCUUCCUCCUCCAGUGAUGAAGAGGAGGUUAACCGCAGGAGGCUGAAUGAUGAGCUGCUGGGGAAGAUCUGCAGCAUCGAGAGUGAGGAGGAGAUCAGCAACUGGUACCUGGCUCUGGUGGUGUCUCCCAGCUGUAACGAUGAGCUUCAGGUGAAGAAGGAUCAGUGUCUGGUCAGGAGCUUCAGCGACGCCAAGUUCUUCACGGUGGCCAGGAGACACGUCCACACCGUCACCACGGCCGGCGCCUCCAGGUCUGAGUUUUCCACCAGGAAAGGCUUCGAGCUGGCGCAGGUGUUCCUGAGGACAGGUGAGAUCCCUGAGCUGUGGAAGAUGGACAUGAGUCAGAUCCUGGACUCGUCCUCCAGCGAUGAAGAGGAGGAGGAGAAGGAGAGCGAUGAAGACCAUGAGCAGGACGAGGAGAAGAAGAAGAAAAAGAAGCACACCAAGGAGGAGCCGGAGGAGGAGUCGGACCCAGAAGAGAGAGAUGUGUUCCUGCAGCAGCUCUACAAGUUCAUGGAGGACCGAGGGACUCCCAUCAACAAGCCUCCAGUCCUGGGCUACAAAGACCUGAACCUCUUCAAGCUCUUCAGACUGGUCUACCUGCAGGGGGGCUGCCACAAGAUAGAGUCUGGCACGGUGUGGAAGCAGGUCUACGUGGACCUGGGGAUCCCCGUCCUGAACUCAGCGGCGUCCUACAACGUGAAGACGGCCUACAGGAAGUACCUGUAUGGGUUUGAGGAGUACUGCCGCUCGGCCUCCAUCAGUUUCAGAACCAUCCAUCACAACAACCCCCGUCACCCCCCCUCACCGGCCAAUCAGAAGCCAGCGGGGCCCAAGCCUAAAGCGUCUCCAAAGGAGGAAGGGGAGGAGUCGGAGGAGGAAGUGAAGGAGACGCAGACGUCCCCCCGGGGGAGGAGGAGCCAUCUGAAGCCAGAGAGAGGCUCUCCCUUCAGACCAGGAUCAGGUCCUGGAUCAGGUGGUCCAAGAUCAGGACCAGGAUCAGGUGGUCCAGGAUCAGGUGGUCCAGGAUCAGGUGGUCCAAGAUCAGGACCAGGAUCAGGUCCAAGAUCAGGUAGUCCAGGAUCAGGUGGUCCAGGAUCAGGUCCAAGAUCAGGACCAGGAUUAGGUCCAAGAUCAGGUCCAGGAUCAGGUGGUCCAAGAUCAGGUGGUCCAGGAUCAGGAGGAGGUCCAGGAUCAGGAGAAGGAGAAGGAUCAGGUCCAGGAUCAGGACCAGGGUCAGAGUACAGUGAGGAGCUGAGGGAGCUGAGGAGGCGCAGCAACAGGAGGACGGAUGACUCUGAGGACGAAGACGAUGAAGAAGACGAUGAAGAGGAGGAGGACGAGGAGAGGAGGAGAGAAGGGGCGGAGGAAGAGGACGGAGACUCGGUGAUGGGGACGAAGGUGAGGGUGAAGUACGGCAGAGGAAAGACUCAGAAGAUCUACGAGGCGCACAUCAAGAAGAGGGACAACGACAACGGGGAGCAGUUCUUCCUCGUGCACUACUUCGGCUGGAACGUCAGGUACGAUGAGUGGGUGAAGGCGGACCGGAUCAUCUGGCCGGUGGAGAAAGGCACGAAGAAGAGGAGGAGAAAGAAGGUGAAGAACAAAGAGGAUGCAGAGCGAGAGGAGCCCCCCUCCCUGCCUCCAGAUCUGAAGCCUCCUGGGGGAAGGAGGGGCCGUCCUCAGACCAGGACCCCCCCCACAGCAGGACGCAGCGUCUCAGACACUCCCAGCAGCGAGGGGCGGACCAAUGGGAGGAUGGAGGAGACGCCCUCCAGCCUCAACGGAGACAAUACUCCUCGCAGGAGAACCAGGAGAACCUCAGGGAUGUACGACUCAGACAGAGCCUCCAACGAGGAUUCUGGGAACUCUUCAGAGGACAGCGAAUCAGAAGACCCGGCUGACAAGAAGCCGUCUCUAUGGAGAGGAAGGCCUGAAGCCCCGCCGUGUCCCGAGGAGGAAGAGGAAGAGGAGGAGGAGGGAGAGGAGGGAGGGGAGGAAGAGGAGGUGAAGCAGCAGCAGCAG